GUCAGGAAUCAAAUUCCUGCACAGCUCCAGGAAGCUCACCGAGCAAAGUACAAAGAGCAACCAAGUCACAGGAGAAAGAGAGAGUUGGGAGAAAAUUAGAAAGGUGGGGAGGAGAUGCGAAGGCUUCUCCCUCUCAAACUCCUCCUCAGGAGGAAGAGCCCCAACCCCAAUAAACCCAUUUCCCUCCCACUGGAGAGAGGAUUUCCCGAUUCGGCUCCUCGCUCUCCCUUCUUCUCCUCUUCUCCUCUUCCCGAGCCCCACCACCACCGCUUCUCUCGUCUCCUCUCCGACUCCCUCCGAUCAUGGCGCUCAGGCGACCGCCUCCCUUCCGGUUCGUUUGCCUUCCUCGCGUCUCAAGCCCUCGGAAGUCGGCGAUGGCGAAGGGCGGUCUCGAAAGAAUUUUUGAUCGCGGGACGCAGUUGUUGAAGUCUCGCUGCAGGGAGGCGCGUGGUUUCGAUGCUUGGGCGGCCUCCUCUCUUCGUCACGAAAUUUCUGGAGAUACUGGAUGCCAACACCAGAUGGAGUCCUUCUAAGCUUGAUUGGAGCUAAGUGUUGCUGUUUUCUUCUUAUGGCGAUUGCUGACCGCAAAUUUAGAUGAAAUAAUUUUAUGGUCGACACUUCACUAGAAACAUUAGUUACAAUUGCUAUUGUUUUUUAUGCCUUUCUUCUAUACUCUGAUUCAUUUUUUGCAAAAUACCAGCUAAACAUUUGCCUUUUAUGGUGCAUUAAUAAAAUAUCAUGCUUUACAAACAUAAAAGGUGCAUGAAUAUUUUAGUUGCUAACUUCUUGAUUUUUAACUGACAGAUUUCGCUAGACAAUUUUAAAAGCGGGCGUUUGCACACAUUGCUCACUAGUGCAUUUAGUCAUUCGGAUCUUGACCAUCUUGUGACAAACAUGAUUGGUCUGUACUUCUUCGGCACGAAUAUAGGAAAACUAUUUGGACCUGAAUUUCUGCUGAAGUUGUACUUAGCAGGGGCAUUAGGUGGAUCGAUAUUUUUCUUAGUACACAAGGCCUUAAUUGUUCCAUCUACAGAGGGCUACCGAGGAUGGGAUUCUUCAAGAAUUCCUGGACUGGGUGCAAGCGCUGCUGUAAAUGCCAUCAUUCUUCUUGAUGUGUUUCUCUUUCCAAAGAAUAUUAUCUACGUAAAUCUCAUUAUACCUGUACCUGCAAUUUUAAUGGGGGCAAUACUGAUCGGAACUGAUUUGUGGAGGGUUAAGAAGGGGAGGGGCAUAUCUCAGGUUCAGCUCAUUUAGGGGGUGCUGUGGUUGCUGCUUUUGUGUGGGCUGGAAUUAAGAAGGGUUGGAUCUGAUCAAACAGCUUGUCAUCACAAUCUUUUUUCUUUUUCUUUACAUGCUUUUGAAUACCAAUUAGAUCAGAUAGAUGAUGGAAUUGCUAACUUAGGUUGUUCCUGAAUUGCCCAUUGGCGUUUGAUAUUUACUCUUAUGUCUGACAUUUAUGUUUCAAGGUUCAGAGAUGUUGCAAAGUCAAUCAACAAAUGAAUAUUUAAUUUUCAUUCUCCUUGCAGUUAUAUCACCAAUUUUCUUAUCUGGAAAA